UUUUAUUCCAGCAAGGAAAUCAUUGGUAUAGUGAGAGCUGUUGCUUUGAUUCAAAAUGUCUGCUCUUGUCAAAAACAAUCAGAGCUCUUCAUCCUCCCUAUCCUUCUCUGCCAAAAAGGCAAAUACUGCACUUAUCUUAUCCGAAUAUCAAGACAUAGAAAAAAUUAAGAAUGAACAUUUUAAAAUUUGGAAGAAAACUGUUCCAUUGUUAUACAACACAAUUCAAACUCACGUUUUGAACAAUAUUUCUAACUCUUUUGAAUUCAUUGAUAAUGGCUUGAACAAUGUUGAAUAUUCCAAUGAUAGAAAUGAAGUUUUUUCAAAAUUCAUCUUGACUAAUAAUUUAAAAAAUUCCUUGAUUUUAUCUUCAAUCAGACUACCUUCGACUUUAUUAUAUUCGAACACAAUCAAACAAAUUCCUAUUCCAAUUGGCUCUUCUUCUAUUUCUAAAUUAAAAUUUACCAAUGAGCUCUUUUUAUCUGAUCAAAUUAAUAAAAUUUCAAUUUUGAAUAAUUCCAACACUACUGCUAGUGAUAAUAACCCAAACAUUGUUUUUUCCUUCUUGAAAAACGGGUCAAUUAACCUAUCCUCCAUUAACUACUCUGCAAAUAAAUUGAAAAAUUUAGAUUAUUUAAAUUAUCAUAGAACUGAAGGUCACGCAAUUGAUUCCUAUGUUAACCAUUUGAUUACUGCUGAUAAUAUUGGAAAAAUUGCUUUGUGGGAUAUUUCUUUAAGUCCUUUACCGCUUCCACUUAAAUCCUACAGCCAAGAAGAUACAGUCAUAAAUGAUCUAUCAAUCAAUAAGCAAAUUCCUUCAAUUUUUGCCUCUGUUUCAGAUGAUAAAUUUUUGAAUUUAUACGAUAUUAGGUCAAACAAUAAUUCUUCUUUUUUCAACUCAAAUAAAUUUCAUACUGAUAAAAUCAAUUCAGUUGAAUUUCAUCCCAACAUAAAAACUUUAUUAUUAACUGCAUCCUCGGACAAUACCAUAAAUAUUUUUGAUUUAAGAAAUUUAUCUCAACCCUUUAGAACUUUAUUUGGAUCAUCAUCAUCCAUAACAAGCUUAAAAUUCAAUCCAUUAUCCCCAAACUUGCUUGCUUCUUCUUCAACAGAUAAUAAAUUGUAUAUUUGGGACUUAAAUAAUAUUAAUGAUGGUUUAUACACUUCUGACAUCUACAAUCAAGAAAAAGAGAAAUACAAUAUGAUGAAUAAUAAUAAUAAUAAUAUUAGUAACAAUAACAACAACAAUAACAAUAAUAAUGGUAGCAAUAAUAACAAUAUUAAUAACAAUGGUAGCAACAAUGGUAGUGUUACCAAUUCAAAUAUUGAAAUUUAUGAUCCUUGCUUGAAAUUUAUUCAUGCUGGUCAUCUCAGUACGAUUGGUCAAUUUGAUUGGAAUCCUCAUUUAAAUAAUGUAAUUGGAAGUGUAAGUAAUGAUAACUUGUUGCAGGUUUGGUCUCCCCAUUUAGUACUAGAUUAUGAAGACGACAGUCAUCUUGAUCAACCUGAUAAUUAUAGUAGGAUUGAUAAUGAUAAUCAUCAAAUUGAAAAUGAUAUCAAUGAUGAUAACGAUAACGAUAAUCAAGAUGAAAAUAUUAAUGAUAGUAACCAAAUGGAGGUUGAAAAUGAAAAUGAAAAUGAACAUGAAAAUAAUGAAAUUGAGAUUGAAAUUGAAAAUGAGAACCAAAAUAAGCAUGAACAUGAACAUGAACAUGAACAUAACCAUCAAAAUCAAAAUGAAGAUAAUGAUAAUGAUAAUAAUAGUCGGAUUGAAAUAGAAAUCGAGAAUCAGAAUGAAAAAAAAGUGGAUUUUAAAGAAAAAAAUGAUACUGAAAACGAAAUUUUAGGUCUGAAUAAAAUUGAUGACAAAAUUAUCUCUCAAAAAUAUAACAAUAAAGAUGAAGUUAAUGACAAUAACAAUGAUGAUGAGAAUGGUGAUGAGAAUGAUAAUAACAAUGACAAUGGUAAUGAAAAUGAUAAUGAAAAUGGUAAUGAAAAUGAUAAUAAAAAUGAAAAUGAUAAUAAAAAUGAAAAUGAUAAUAAAAAUGAAAAUGAUAAUAAAAAUGAAAAUGAUUUUGAUAUGGAUAUUGAGGAUACAGAGGAAACUGAAAUAGACAAUGAAAAAGUCAUUGAAGAUAAUAACCUCAAUAAAAAUAAAAAUAAUCAGAAUAAAACUGAAAAUGAAAAAAACACUAUAAUUGAUAAUAGUAAUGACAUUAUUUAUAAAAAACAAAACAACAGUGAAAAUAAAGAUGAUGAAGAUGAUGGAGAUGAUCAUAAAUAUAACAAAAAUAAUGAAAAAAGUUAUCUAUCUAAAAAACGAGGUGAAGAUAAAAAUCUAAGAAAUAAUGAAGGUUUUUUAAAACAAGAAGAAAACAAGUUUGCAAAUUUAAUUCUAUCUGCCAACAAAAUUGCUGAAAAUGAAAAGCGAAUUAAUGAAAAUAAUGUUGAAUCUCAAUUUCUGACAUCUAACGAAAAUGAAAAUGAAAAUGAAAAUCACAAUGAGAAGAAAAGCGAUGCAAGCGCCAUCAACACAUUGCUUGAUUCAAAAAAAAGUCCUGGUAAAUUUAUUGAUGUUUCCAAUACUGAUGAUAGUAAAGAUGGAAAAAUUCAAAAUGAAGUGUCGGAAAAUAGAAAAAAAAUUGAAAAAAAACCCAUUAAGCAAGUUGAACGCUUGGCUUCUUAUCAAAAAGAAAAUUUGGAAAGUAGUGAUAAAAUUCUUCAGGAAAAAACAAUAAGGAGUGAUACACUGAGUAAUUCUACUGAGACUGAAAAAUUAAAUUUUGGGAAAUUAUCAUCCAAGGAAGUUGAAAAUUCUAAUAAUGGUGGUGAAAAAAAUCAAUGAUAAUGGCAAAUUUUGACUGAUUAUAACAUUCAAUAUACGUUCCAAUUUUAUCUGUGAUAUAUUAGUAUCUAUGUAAAUUAAUAGUAAGAUUUUUAGAAGAUACAUUGUUUUUAGUAGAAUUUAUUGAAAAUUAUAAAACAAU